AGCGGCGCGCUCGGAAGCUGCGACGCUGAGUUUCACUCUGGCUGCCUUCUCCUGAGAGUCGGAGCCGCAGCCGGAGACCUGCCGAGGCCGAGCCGAAGCUGCAGCCCGAGCGCUGUGGUGCCCUCAGCCCCGUCCCCUCGACCUCCUCAGCCUCGGCUGUUCUGCGGAGUUGGGAGAGUUGGUUCAUCCUGGCCGUGAGGACAUGUUGGGACAUACCCCGUGUGCCGAUGAUGGAGGCAGUCCUGGGUGCCGGAGAGAUGAGUGACACCCGGUAUUAAUUGGCUUGGAAGAACCGCCAGGGGUGCUGGGCAAUGACUCCGGGACUCCAGGCCAGAGGGGUCUGAAGCCGUUUGGGAAAGCAGCGGGACUCCUUGGGAAGAUGGCCAUGGCCCCAAGCCCUUCCCUGGUGCAGGUGUACACUGGCCCCGUGGCUGUGGCCGUGUGGGAAUGGCAGGAUGGGCUGGGCACCUGGCACCCCUACAGCGCCGCCGUCUGCAGCUUCAUCGAGCAGCAGUUUGUCCAGCAGAAGGGACAGCGCUUCGGGCUCGGGAGCCUGGCCCACAGCAUCCCCUUGGGCCAGGCAGACCCCUCGCUGGCUCCUUACAUCAUCGACCUCCCCAGCUGGACCCAGUUCCGCCAGGAUACCGGCACCAUGCGGGCGGUGCGGAGACACCUCUUCCCCCAGCACUCAGCCCCUGGCCGAGGUGUCGUCUGGGAGUGGCUGAGUGACGACGGCUCCUGGACUGCCUACGAAGCCAGCGUCUGUGACUAUCUGGAGCAGCAGGUGGCCAGGGGCAACCAGCUCGUGGACUUGGCCCCGCUGGGGUACAACUACACCAUCAACUACACCACCCACACGCAGACCAACAAGACUUCCAGCUUCUGCCGCAGCGUGCGGCGCCAGGCAGGGCCCCCUUACCCGGUGACCACUAUCAUUGCUCCACCGGGCCACACGGGCGUCGCCUGCUCUUGCCACCAGUGCCUCAGCGGCAGCGGAACUGGCCCCGUGUCAGGCCGCUACCGCCACUCCAUGACCAACCUCCCUGCAUAUCCCGUCCCCCAGCACCCCCCGCACAGGACCACUUUUGUGUUUGGGACGCAUCAGGCCUUUGCACCGUACAACAAACCCUCACUCUCCGGGGCCCGGUCUGCGCCCAGGCUGAACACCACCAACCCCUGGAGCGCGGCCCCUCCCUCCCUGGGGAGCCAGCCCCUCUACCGCUCCAGCAUCUCCCACCUGGGACCACAGCUCCUGCCCCCAGGAUCGUCCACCUCUGGUGCAGUCAGCGCCUCCUUCCCCAGCGGUCCCUCGAGCAGCCUGGGGAACGUCCCUGCCACUGUGCCCGUGCAGAUGCCAAAGCCCAGCAGAGUCCAGCAGGCGCUUGCAGGCAUGACGAGUGUUCUGAUGUCAGCCAUUGGACUCCCUGUGUGUCUUAGCCGCGCACCCCAGCCCGCCAGCCCUCGCGCCUCCCGUCUGGCCUCUAAAAGUCACAGCUCAGUUAAGAGAUUGAGGAAAAUGUCCGUGAAAGGAGGCACCCCGAAGCCAGAGCCAGAGCAGGUCAUAAAAAACUACACGGAAGAGCUGAAAGUGCCCCCAGAAGAGGACUGCAUCAUCUGCAUGGAGAAGCUGUCCGUAGUGUCUGGGUACAGCGACGUGACUGACAGCAAGGCCAUCGGGCCCGUGGCUGUGGGCCGCCUCACCAAGUGCAGCCACGCCUUCCACCUGCUGUGCCUGCUGGCCAUGUACUGCAAUGGCAACAAGGAUGGAAGUCUGCAGUGUCCCUCCUGCAAAACCAUCUACGGAGAGAAAACGGGGACCCAGCCCCAGGGAAAGAUGGAGGUGUUACGGUUCCAGAUGUCGCUCCCUGGCCACGAGGACUGCGGGACCAUCCUCAUCGUCUACAACAUUCCGCAUGGCAUCCAGGGCCCCGAGCACCCCAAUCCCGGAAAGCCGUUCACUGCCAGAGGGUUUCCCCGCCAGUGCUACCUUCCAGACAACGCCCAGGGCCGAAAGGUCCUGGAGCUCUUGAAGGUGGCCUGGAAGAGGCGGCUCAUCUUCACAGUGGGCACGUCCAGCACCACGGGCGAGACGGACACAGUGGUGUGGAACGAGAUCCACCACAAGACAGAGAUGGACCGCAACGUGACGGGCCACGGCUACCCCGACCCCAACUACCUGCAGAACGUGCUGGCCGAGCUGGCCGCCCAGGGGGUGACUGAGGACUGCCUGGAGCAGCAGUGACCUCUGACCCCAGCACGUCCACCUUGGGUGCCCACCCUGCUGCCCCAUGGCUGGCUGGGUGGGCAGAUGGAAGUGCCCAGCCCGAGAGGCUGGGAGGUUUGUUGGAGGUGUGGGGUGUGCCCCACGUGAAGCCAGGGCUCCACCCUGUCUGCCUCUUCCUCCUCCUCCCCCCCGGGAUUUGGGCAGCCCUGGGCAGUUGUACUCAUGGGGGCUUAAGAUGCAGCUACCUCAGUGCACGGGGCCCAUCUGUCCUCCGGGGGCUGCUUCGGGCCCGCGGUGCUCAGGGCCUGGCAUGGGGCGAGUAGAUACUUCCCCAGCCUGGGUGGGCAUGGGUUCUGAGUCAGCUUCUUUUACCUCAGUCUUGUUUGCAAUAAAUGCUCUAUAGCCAAAGC